AUGAUGUUGCUACGUGCCGCUAGAGUGCCCGUGUUGGGCAGACGCUUUCUUUCCCAGCAACAAUUGAUCUCGAAGCAUGUGCAAGAGGUGGACCCCGAGAUGUUCCGCAUCCUCAGCGAUGAGAGGAGCAGACAGAAGCACUCUGUCACGCUGAUCCCUUCUGAGAACUUCACGUCGAAGGCCGUCAUGGACCUGCUGGGCUCUGAGAUGCAGAACAAGUACUCCGAGGGCUACCCCGGCGAGAGGUACUACGGUGGUAACCAGUUCAUCGAUAAAGCUGAGUCGCUGUGCCAGGCCCGUGCCCUGGACCUGUAUGGCCUUGACCCUGAGAAGUGGGGGGUCAAUGUGCAGGCCCUGAGCGGUGCCCCUGCCAACCUGUACGCUUACUCCGCGGUCAUGGAGGUCGGCGACCGUCUGAUGGGUCUCGACUUGCCCCACGGUGGGCACUUGUCUCACGGAUACCAAUUGCCUUCCGGAACUAAGAUCUCCUACAUCUCAAAGUACUUCAACACCAUGCCAUACCACGUCAACACCGAGACCGGUAUCAUUGACUAUGACACUUUGGCCAUGACCUCUAAGCUGUUCAGACCAAAGGUCAUCGUCGCAGGUACGUCCGCAUACUCGAGGAAGCUGGACUACGCUAGGUUCAGAAAGAUCGCCGACGGCUGCGGUGCCUACUUGCUGAGCGACAUGGCCCACAUCUCCGGUCUGGUGGCCGCCAAUGUCAUAGACUCCCCAUUCGAGCACUCCGACAUAGUCACCACCACCACCCACAAAUCCCUAAGAGGCCCCCGUGGUGCUAUGAUAUUCUACAGAAAGGGUAUCAAGAAAGUCAACAAGAAGACUGGCAAGGAGACCCCAUUCACUUUCGACAAGACCAUCAACUUCUCAGUGUUCCCAGGCCACCAAGGUGGCCCACACAACCACACCAUUUCUGCAUUGGCUGUGGCAUUAAAGCAAGCAAAGACCCCCGAGUUCGUCGAGUACCAGAAGCAAGUGGUCUCCAACGCAAAGGCCUUCGGUGACGAGCUAUUGAAGCGUGGCUUCGAGCUAGUGUCCGGCGGUACCGAUAAUCACUUGCUUUUGCUAAACCUGUCCAACAUGGGCAUCGACGGUGCUCGUUUGGAGGCUAUCCUGGAGAAGAUUAACAUCGCCGCAAACAAGAACACCAUCCCAGGUGACAAGUCCGCGCUGUUCCCAUCAGGUUUGAGAGUAGGUACCCCAGCCAUGACUACCAGAGGCUUCCAAGAACAAGACUUCAAGAAGGUCGCUGAGUACAUCGACAACGCCGUUAAACUAUCCAUUGCUCUGAAGUCCCAGGAGUCCGCAGACGCUAAGGACGUCAGAUCAAAGCUAAACAGCUUCAAGCAGUUGUGUGACCAGUCUGAACCAGUGCAAAAAUUAGCCGAAGAAGUGUCCUCAUGGGUAGGCACAUUCCCAGUUCCUGGCGAAUUGUAG